UCUAACACUUAAAAACCCCGCAAGGCCGGUCCACUCAAAUUUUAAGCGAACGAGUUGGAUCCACCGCCACGCAUAGCUCCCCGAAGAACCGACGGCUCGAUGCAGUCGAGAGUCUAGCUCGGACCCGUUCCACGAGAUAAUCACGAAGCUCGAAUCCCCAACCGUGCCACGAAACCCUAACCCUCCUUCCCCAUUCCCCAACCACCGCCACCGGUCGUCAGCGAUCAGAAGUCUUAACGUUACUGUUCGACUUCGGCAAAGCUCAAAGCUCGCCGGCCUUUCUACUGAAACCCUAAUACUUCUCUCACAGUGCUGAAAUGUUUUAAGAUUUCAUCAAGGAGUCAAGUUUGUGUUGUAGCAAUGGAGAAAGCCGCUGAAAAACCACUCCAUGAUAGUGAUAGAGAUGAAAGUGAUGAGGAGAUGGAAGUUCUAUCUUCUAACACAUCUGGAGAAGAAGAUAACUGUAAUGUUGAGCUAUCUGAUGUUUUAUCCCCUGAGCAGGCUAAGAAACAACUAAUGGAACAGGUUGUUUACAACGAGAAAGAUGCUUACAAACUAUAUCGUGAUUACGGGCGGAAUAUGGGCUUCAAUGUCCGUAAGGGGAAACAAUAUUAUUACAUUGGAUCUAGAAACAUCCGGAAGAAAUAUUACUAUUGUUCCAAAGAAGGAACAAAGAUCGACAAACUUAGUAACAAGUCUAAGUUUCAUAGAAAGGAUGUUAGAACAGGAUGUAAAGCAUUUGUACAAUUUACAGUUGAUCAGAAGGGGCAAUGGAAGGUGACUCAGUUGGGUGUAGAGCAUAACCAUGACUUGGUUAAGCCGAAACGAAGACGUGUGUCGAAGACUAUAAGUUCAUCUAAAAUUGCCGAAGCUUGCUCAUCGUAUCCAACCAUGGACGCUGAAAUUCAUACAUCAAAUGUCGAUUCCAGUGGUGGCAUUGCUGAAAAUGGCGAUAGUUACGUCAACUCGGAGCAAAUGGCGCCAAUCAAAACACGAGAAAAUCAAAAUAUAAUUAGUUAUUUUAGACAAAAAGCUGGCGAGAACGGCAUGUUUUACUGGGAUGUGCAGGUUGAUCAUGAAGGUAGAAUGGGAAACAUAUUCUGGAGAGAUGGAAGAUCAAGAAUUGACUAUAAUUACUUUGGUGAUGUUGUUUUUUUUGAUAAAAGUUCUCACAUAAACAGAUAUGAAAUUACAUUUGUAAUAUUCAUGGGGGUUAAUCACCAUUGGCAAAAUGUCAUGUUUGGAUGUGCGUUCUUAUUAGAUGAAACAGAAUCUUCUUUUGUUUGGCUUUUGAAGACAUUUUUGGAAUCGAUGGGAAAUCAACCUCCAAAAACUGUUGUCACAAAUGAUGAUGAAGCGUUACAAAAAGCCAUAGAGCUUGUGUUUCCUUCUACUCGGCAUCGUUUUUGUUUACGGUGGGUAUCGAAAAGCGCUUCUUUAUAUUUUGGCAAUAUUAGUUCAAGCAAAAGGCUCCUACACUUAUUUGAUAAAUGUUUGCAUGGAUGUGAGUCAGAGAUGGAAUUUGAAGAAAUAUGGAGAAAGUUGGUCUUUGAAUACGGCAUCGAAGAUCUUGAAUGGCUCAACAAGCUAUAUAUGAACCGGCGGAAAUGGUGCUCCGCUUUUUGCGAAGAUUGUUUUGAUGGCGGUAUCGAGUCAUCGCAGCGGUCUGAGAACAUUGAAAAUGUUCUGAGUAGCAUAGUUGAUCGAUCAACUUCACUUAGUGAGUUCACACAUGAAUAUGACAAACUCGUUGAAGUUUUGCGUCAAAAUGAAGCUAAGGAGGACUUUCUCUGCUGGCAAAAUGGUCCUCGACGUGCGAUCGAGCAUAGCGAUAUUUUGAAACAUGCGGCUAAAAUUUAUACACAUAAGAUUUAUAAAUUAUUUGAGGAAGAAUUUCUCGAUGGAUGUUGCGCGGCAUCGUUCAAAGAGAUUUCGUGCGGCUGUGAUUUGUAUAGAUUUGAGUUGACAAUGCAAGGGAGAGAUUCAAAGGCGUGGACUGUCCACAUCGAUGUUUCUAAAAUGGAGCUCUCUUGUUCUUGUAACAAAUUCAACUCCAUGGGAGUACUUUGCUCCCAUGCUCUGAAAGCUCUGAGUCUCAAAAAUGUGAACAGAAUUCCUGAUAAAUAUAUUAUCAAAAGGUGGACUAAAGAUGCAAGGAAAGGAUUUUAUAGGUUUGAAGACACGGAGAAUGAAUUUAUAUAUCGUAACCUCACUAUUCAAUACGCAUACGAACUUGUAAUGCGAAGCGAAGGUCAUAAGCAGACCAGAAAAAUCAUUUGGGACGCAUUUGCGUUGGGGGAAAAAGAACUUGAUUCAUUUAUUGAGAAGAAAUGUUUUGAUGAAAUUUUGGGAUUUAGAGAUAACUCGGAUGAAUCUGCAGGCGAAGCUGUUGAUAAAAUGUUAAAAAGAUCAUCGCCAACGAAAUCAAAUUCUAGAGAAACGAAGAAACGGCGAUUUGUCGAUCGACUUCGAGGCCAUGAGCAUGGUGAAUCGAAUUGCAGCACAUUUCCUCUUCUAUGUAAUGCAACCUCUGCAGCUUCCCAGAUUGGAUUUUUCCCUUCUCCGUCGCCGGGUUGUUUCUCGCCUCCAAUCUUCACUCCAGUAUCACAAAUGCCAGCGCAGAUAUCGAACAUUAAUUGGGUUCUCGAAUCACCUUCUGCUUAUUCAUUAAAUUUGCAAGGAAAUCACAACGCUGCUCAGAAUCUCAACCUAUGAUAUACUUGUUCUACUUCUGAUGGCAACAUGCUAACAUUCAAGGUGAAAUAAACCUUUGUUUUUUACAUUUAUACCGCUCAAAUCUUUCAUUUUAUAUAAAAAAAAUAUCAGCUGUUUACUUUUAAAAAGUGAAAUACGCCUUUGGAGGCAUUGGCGAGGCGGUAUAUGUGUAAAAAUUGAAGUUUAGGCAUUAGAUAUGUUAAUAUAUAGCAAUUGAGUGCGGUAUGUGUGUAAAUCUUCCAAAAAUAAAUUUAAAGUUGUGUAAAUAAUCACCAAUAUAAAGAGGCUGUGUUGCAAAAUUUUUGAA